GGGUUGGUGGAGACUUAACAGACACAAGUACCCAACUCUCUCCAGGAUGGCUUCCGAUAUCUUGUCAAUACCCGUGUCUACUGUUGCCCCCGACGCUGUGUUUGACACCGAAAUAAAAAGAAUGGACAGUUACCGGACUUCAUUGGGUACGGCGACUCUUGAAGCCCUUAUCUGCGCCAAGGAUUGGAUUCAGUAUGGACCGUUACCACAACCACCAGCACUUCAAGAGUCUAAUGCUGCUGUCAAAAUGGAAUUCUAGUGCCAUAGGUUUCAUUUGUUUUCUUCCUUUAGGUAGAUCAUUGAUGGGCCCUUUUCGGUGGUUUUUAGAUGGUAAACAGCGGUGCUAGUUAAAUUUUGCUUUUCCGACAGUCAUAGAAUGCUUACGGUUCCAACUUUUAUGGUUGUAGUAUAGCAACUGUUUACAUUAUUGGUUAGUAAUUUAGCCGCAGGAUAAAUUGCCCCAGUGUAUAAUUUUUUCUCCAUUUUUCCUAUCUUCUUAGAAAGUUGAUUCUGUCUACUUUUUAUGAUGAAUUGUUGUAAUCAUCGGUAUAUUCCGCUGUUAGUAUCUCUCUCAUUACUUAGUCGAGGGAUAUAUCCUCCGUUGUAUUGUAGAAUUUCUGGGUCUGACUGAUAAUUCGAAUACAAGCAUAUAAAUUUGUUGAAGCCAUCCAAUUUUCCAUAACCUGUCAGUGCUGGUGCGAACACGCUGCCGGCGGUAGAGAGGAAUGCUUUUUCUCUUUGUAUGAUGUUCUUUCUUGCUUCCAGAACUCACUGGAUCUUCUCAUCUCUAAGCUUGUCAGUCUAUGACUCUUUGAACUUCAUGAAAAGGAUCGCUAUGGCAUCUGCAACUCCAACCCACUUGUCAACGUAUACCCAGCUUCAGUCUUUCGAAAACCCAGCACCAAUUGCUCUCUUUGAAAACUGCAAUUCCAUGGACUACAUCAAGCAAAUACAUGCCCAAGCAGUGAAAACAGGCCUCACAUCGCACCCGAUCGUGCGUAACAGAAUCAUCGUGUUUUGUUGUACUGAUGAAUUUGGUGAUGUGAACUAUGCCCGUCAGGUGUUCGACACAAUUUCUGAACCAGGUGCGUUUCUUUGGAACACCAUGAUCAGAGGCUAUAGUCGGAUACGAUGCCCUCAAGACGGGGUCUCUUUGUAUUUAGCAAUGCAGAGGAUGAGUGUCAAGCCCGACUGUUACACGUUUCCGUUCUUGUUGAAGGGAUUCACACGUGAAAUUGCGCUGGAAUGUGGCAAAGAGUUGCACGCUCAUGUGUUGAAGUAUGGACUUGAUACUAAUGUUUUUGUUCAAAAUGCAUUGGUGCAUAUGUAUUCUGUUUGUGGCCUAAUUGAUAUGGCAUGUGGCGUUUUUGAUAUGAUUCAUGAGAAGGAUGUUGCAACUUGGAAUGUAAUGAUUUCUGGGUACAAUCGAAUCAAGAAGUUUGAUGAAUCCUUGAAGCUUUUUAGUGACAUGGAGAAAACAGGAGUGUUGCCCACUUCAGUCACACUUGUCUCGGUGAUAUCAGCGUGCUCCAAAUUGAAGAAUUUAGAUGCCGGGAAGCAGGUUCAUAAAUACGUCAAGGAUUGCCUGAUCAAACCUGAUUUGGUGUUGGGAAAUGCUUUGGUUGAUAUGUAUGUAGCUUGUGGGGAAAUGCACGUUGCACUUGAGAUUUUCGAAAGGAUGAAAACAAAGGAUGUAAUUUCUUGGACUACCAUUGUUAAGGGGUUUGCCAGUUCUGGACAAGUUGAUCUAGCUCGGAGCUACUUCGAUGAGAUGCCUGAAAGAGACUACAUUUCAUGGACUGCAAUAAUGGAUGGGUACCUCAGGGUGAACCGGUUCAAAGAGGCACUGGAACUUUUCCGCCAGAUGCAGACUUCGAAUGUAAGGCCAGAUGAGUACACUAUGGUAAGCAUUCUAACAGCCUGUGCACAUCUAGGAGCACUUGAACUCGGAGAGUGGAUAAAAACUUACAUUGACAAGAACAAGAUCAAGAAUGAUGUAUUCGUUCGAAAUGCUUUAAUAGACAUGUAUUUCAAGUGUGGAAAUGUUGAGAAAGCUUUGAGGGUCUUUAAUGCAAUGCUUCAAAGGGACAAAUUUACAUGGACGGCUGUGAUUGUUGGCCUUGCUGUUAACGGACAUGGUAAGGAAGCUCUUGACGUGUUCUCUCGAAUGCUAGAAUCUUCGAUAACUCCCGACAGGAUAACUUUCAUCGGUGUUCUUUCUGCGUGUAAUCACUCUGGAAUGGUAGCUGAAGGAAGGAACUUUUUCGAUAGUAUGACCACCCAACAUGGAAUCCAGCCUGAAGUUUCACAUUACGGGUGCAUGGUGGAUCUUCUUGGCCGAUCAGGGAAUCUAAACGAAGCUUUUGAGGUUAUACAGAACAUGCCAAUGAAACCAAAUGCAGCUGUAUGGGGAGCUCUGCUUGGCGCUUGUAGAAUGCACAGAGAUGUAGAACUGGCUGAAAUUGCAGCUAAACAUAUGCUCGAGUUGGAGCCCGAUAACAGUUCUGUUUAUGUUCUCUUGUGCAAUAUAUAUGCAGCUUGCAGUAAAUGGGACAAUUUGCGCAACGUAAGACAACUGAUGAUGGACAGGGGAAUCAAUAAGACGCCUGGUUGCAGCUCGAUAGAGGUGAAUGGUAAUGUUCAUGAGUUUGUUGCCGGGGACCGGUCACACCCUCAAUCCGAAAAAAUCUAUUCCAAGUUGGAUAAGACGAUUGAAGACUUGAAGGUUGUCGGGUAUUCGCUGGAUACAUCGGAGGUUUUCCUUGGUAGGGGAGAGGAUAAAGAGAGUGCAGUUUGCAGGCAUAGUGAGAAAUUAGCAAUGGCAUUUGGGCUGAUUAGUUUGGGAGAUGGGGCGACAAUUAGAAUCAUGAAGAACCUUAGAAUCUGUGUGGAUUGUCACAGCAUGGCAAAGUUGGUCUCCAGAGUUUAUGAUAGAGAAGUGAUUGUUAGGGAUGGAACUCGGUUCCACCAUUUUAGACACGGUUCGUGUUCGUGUAAAGAUUAUUGGUGACGGUUUGAUAAAAGGACCUUUGGCCAGUUUAGCCGACGCGGCCAAGGAGGCGGGAGAAUCAGUUAGGAUUAGAAUAGGUCAAAUGUUUGAUGAUUAACUUGCUUUCUUAAUUGAUAAAUCCUAUAAGUCUCAGAGAGAGAAUUUGCAUGUACAGAACCUAUAAGUCUCACCUGUAUUAAAGAUAUAAUAUUCAGCA